CGAAAAGAGGCUCGGAGGUAGUGCUGGUUUACAGUUUAGUCUUUUUAAACCUGCAGCUGAUUUUGUGAUUGUCAUGGGUGAAUGUGGGGAUCCGGUGUUUUUGUUGAUGUCAAGGCAAAUGUGUAUCAUGCAGUGACAAGUGCUGGGAACGAGCUGGCCAUCAAGGUGUAUAAGACGUCGAUCCUUGUAUUCAAGGAUCGGGAUCGCUAUGUUCAAGGUGACUUCCGCUUUCGAAAUGGUUAUUGUCGGCACAAUCCGAGGAAGAUGGUGAAGGUGUGGGCAGAGAAGGAGAUGCGCAAUCUCAUGCGGUAUGUCGAUUGGAUGAUGAAUGCGCUUUUUAGCUUGAAGCCACAAACGAGGUUGCAGGUUGACCUAAUGCUUUUUCUUCUAUGCUGGGCGGCACCUCGCCUGAAAGAUGCCACUUUGACAGAGACUCAGCUUGGAGAUUGUUAUGCGGAGGUGAUUUGUGCGAUGCGCACUCUGUAUCAGAAAUGUAGACUAGUUCAUGGCGAUCUCAGCGAGUACAAUAUGCUUUUCUACGAGGGACGCAUUUACAUCAUUGAUGUUUCGCAAUCGGUGGAUCUUGACCAUCCGCGGGUUUUAGACUUCCUGAGAGAAGAUUGCAUGCAUGUCACGGACUUCUUCCAAAAGAAAGGCGUGGAAACGAUGUAUCUCCGCGAACUUUUCGAUUUUGUGACUGAUCCCACUAUCACAGAAGACACAUUGGAUGUGUACCUGGAGGAGGCUCAAGCGAGGAUUAAGAAUCGAGCUAUCGAACCAUCUGCGGAAGAAAAAGUCAAGGAGGCAGUGUUUCGACAAGCCUUCAUUCCGCGUACAUUGGAACAAGUGGUGAACCAUGAGCGCGACGCAGAACGAAUCGCGAGUGGAAAAGACUUGGAGGGCAUCUACUAUCAAACACUUGUCGGUUUAAAGGAUGAUUUAUCAGGAGUUCGACAAAAGCCGGCGCUUUUGGAGGCGAAGCAAAAAUCAGAGAAAUGCAGAGAUGAAGGGAAUGGAGGACGUGGAGCGGGGGGAGGCGAUGGUGACGGAGUGGGAGGAGAAAGACAAGCGGAGGACGGAAAGUUGGCUUUCACACGGAGUUCUGGCGAGGGCAUAGACGUACAGCAGGACAAAGGCAGGUGGAAUGCAGAAGAUCUUUCGCCUUUGGCGACUGUGGUAUCUGAUGAGCAGCAUCAUAAGGCAGAGGAGAAUGGGGAGAGGUGUGAGAUGGGAGGUGGAGAUGGGGAGAGGUGUGAGAUGGGAGGUGGAGAUGCUAGUUGCGAGGAUGAAAGCAGUGUGAGCGGAAGUGGUGAAGAUGAGGACAGCUCUGAGGGCGAAGAAAGCGAUGGAGAAGGUUCGACACAGCGGACGAAGGGGAAGGUCGGCGAAAGUCGAGAGGAUAGAAAAGCUGCAAGGAAGGAGCAUAAGAAGGCGGUUAAGGCGGAGAGGCGUGAAUCAAGGAAGGAAAAGGUUCCCAAAGCAGUGAAGAAGAAGAAGAAGAAGGCGAGAGAAAGGGGCCGGAAACGCUGACUGGUUAUCUACAGGCUUGUAGGUAGCAUCCAUGGUAUGGAUGACAUGCGCGCAUCCUAGCCGU